AGCCCCGCCUCCAGAAGGCUGCCCUCUCCGAAGCCGGAGGAGCAUUUCUCACGAGUCACUGGUCUUUUCCCAAAGAACAGACCGAGGGAACCCGACGGAGCUGUUGUUGUUUUGCUGUCGCUGCCAACCGCUGCAAACGCCGGUGUUACCGCUGCAGACAUGGCCUCCGAUGGCAUGGAUGAACGAUCCCCUCUGUUGUCAGCACCAAACUCUGGGAAUGUCACACCCACGGCACCACCGUACCUGCAGGACACCAGUCCAAGAGCUGAGCUACCUCCUCCGUACACGGCCAUCGCCAGUCCGGACGCCGGGGGAGUGCCUGUGAUAAACUGCCGCGUGUGCCAGUCUCUCAUCAACUUGGACGGCAAGCUCCACCAGCAUGUGGUCAAAUGCACCGUCUGCAACGAGGCCACGCCUAUCAAAAACCCGCCGGCCGGUAAGAAGUAUGUGCGCUGUCCGUGCAACUGCCUUUUAAUCUGCAAAGACACGUCUCGGAGGAUAGGAUGCCCAAGGCCCAACUGCAGACGCAUCAUCAACCUGAGCCCAGUGAUGGUCAUUCCUGAGGAACAGCCCAGUCAGCCGGCCCUGCCCGUCCAGCCCGAGGGUAUGCGUGUGGUGUGUGGGCACUGCGGCAACACAUUCCUCUGGAUGGAACUGCGGUUUAACACACUGGCCAAGUGCCCACACUGCAAAAAAAUAUCCUCCGUGGGCAGCGCUCUCCCGCGAAGGCGCUGCUGCGCCUACAUCACCGUGGGAAUGAUCUGCAUCUUCAUCGGGGUCGGGCUGACUGUGGGGACCCAGGACUUCGCUAGCCGCUAUCAUGCCACGUACGUGUCCUGGGCUUUGGCGUACCUGCUGGGCCUGAUAUGCCUGGUGCGGGCGUGCUACUGGGGAGCCAUUAAAGUGAGCUAUCCAGAGAACAGCUUUGCGUAGGCCUGUGCCCGCUGAAUAAAGAGCCCGUCUACUGUUUGUUUCGUUUGGACGCAGCCAGUUCCCGGCCAGCCAUCCCUUGUCCUCGAGAACCCAGAUCUAGUCCAGGUAAUAUGGAGUUCACCCCUCAAAUCCUGCAAUCGGCCACCUGUGUUAUCGCAAAUGAUUCAUUUUAUUUAUUUUAUUCUUUCGAAUGUCUGAUUGGACCUACAAGGAAAAGUUACACGUAUUUUAAUGAAGUUGCUUGGUCUUAAUAAAUGUGAUGUAUCUGAACACCUUAUUGGAUAUUUGGGCUAUUCAGGACCAAUGUUGGCCACCACUGGUUGGGCACUGUACAUGUUUAAUUACUGAACUUGCUACCAACUAGACCAAAUGAGGUUACCUUUUAAGAAAUACUGCCCAUUGCACUACAUUUUUAUGCAAUUAUUCUGUUGUGUUGCUGCUAGAUUAUCCAGCCAUUGACAGCUGGGAUGCCGUAUUUCAUGUGUCAGAAUCCUGCCUGUACACAACGUCUAUUUAUGUUUUUUUUUUUUUUUCAUAUACUGAACAAAUUUACAUUUGAAAUAAAUCGUUGUUAAAUCCGUCUGUGCCAUUAUCAACAAAGUUGCCGUGUAAGUAUGUGUUGACAAAAUGCCUUUCAAAAAAAAUUUGGCUGUUCUGGUGUUUUGAAGUUACGCUUGCAUUCAGUUUGAGCAAUAAACAUUUUGUUUGUCACUUUCCUUAUGCACUGUAUAUUUUCUCUUAAAUGGCCUUCUCAUUAGCCGAUUGAAAGCGAAAUGUAACGACAGACUCAUGCAUGCUUUCCAUUUUCACUGCGCUCUUUUGUCCAGUCAGCCUCAGCAGGCCAAGCAUUCAGCUUCACACUCUGUUGUGGCUUGUGCGUAAAUCCUUCCUGCUUACAGCCUGUUGCCUGGAUUGGCUAACUUUGAUAGCAUUACCAUAGUUGAGCAUUCUGUUGAGAAAAUGGGCACAGCUAAUCUCGUUCUGAAUGUGAGGAAACAGAAACCCUUUGUACAGAAUGAAUUCAGCGAGCUGAAAUGGUAGCUUGAGUUCGAAUACGGCUUGGAUCUUUUUAAGGAUAAUUUAUCAAUAAAACCGUAAAACAUU